AUGCGGGAACGUUCCUCGGGCAACCCGCCUCCGCCGGGGCACCCUUCUUCGCUGCCGCCCUCGGACCGGCCCCACCCGCCUUUGUUGCCUUCGUCUUCGCCGCAGGAGGCGUCACCGCAGGCUCCGAGUCACUUUCCGGCCGCCGCGCCCGUCGGUUUCGCUCCUUCUCAGCCUCCUCAGGCAGCCCAUCCUUUCGCGUUUUCUCAGCCGCCAUCAGUGUCCCUCUCUUCUGCUCCCAGCGCCUCUCUUUUCACUCCUGGGAGCUACGAUCCAGCAGGCGGUCGCCCCCACCUCCCCGCUGGCGGAGCCUCUGCUGGGGGCGCGACAGGCGGCGCUGGCGAUGUCGCCCUGGGUCACUACCUGCCUGGGGCAGCUGUCCCUUGUUCCGGCGCCGGCCCUCUCUCUGGCUCUGCCUCCGGUGUCCCUGCAGGGCCAGCGCCCAGUUCCGCCCCCGCGCCGCCGGCGGAGGCUCUAGGCGCAUCCGCAGCAGUGGCAGCCCCGGCAAGCGGUUCUGCUGCUUCUGUCGGAGGGUCGUCCACGGCGCUGUCUGCAACGCACGCGGCUGCCGCUGCGCCUGGGCUGUCUCCAAUGGAUCCGACCGGGCCUGUGGAGCCUACUUCCCGGGAGCCACUUGCUGCGCCCGCUGUGUACGGUCGCGCGUCUGUCUUCAGGGUCGCGCCGGGCAAUGCGGAGGCCACGACUUCACUCGCUGCCGCUGUGGCCUCUGCCUCGUCUUCCGCCCCCGCGGCGAGGGGGUCUGCCGCAGAGUCUCCGGCGUCUGCUGCGUCGCCAGGUUCCACUGUCGGGCCGAAUGAGGGGGAGGCCGCGGGCGCAGCGCCGGCGGCCCAGGCGGGGAGGGGCCCAGAGGAGGAAACCAAGGGGAGACGAAAGUAUGUGCUCCCUUCCUCUCUGACGACGCUGAAGAUGCUGACAGAGUUUCUCCGCGCGGCUCCAGCCAUGUGCGCGGAGACGUACGCGCCAGAGACGCAGGCCGCCGGCUCGGAUUUGAACGAUGACUCGCACUUCCUGCUGUCAGACCUGUCCAGUGCGUCCUCCGUUUCUGCUUCGCAGUUUCUCUCGCCCCGUGUACGCGCCGUGCGCAGGUGUAUAGCCCUCCUCGCGGAGAACAGGGGGCCCGAGACCUCGUGUGCAGCUGUCGCCGUCCUGCCGGCUACGCUGCUUCUCCUGCGUUCUGUUCCGCCUGUCAUGAAAGAAGGCGAAGGGUACAUCUUUCGACAGUCGCUUCUCACUCUCCUCCGCCUCGUCGCGAUCGGGACUGCCUCCUUUCCGUGCAGCCUAGUGUCUUCGGCUUCUGAUGUAUCCUCGUCCCACCCCCCCCGCGGGGACGGGUCGUCGGGGGCGGACGAGAAGGGCCUGCGCGCGCCCGCGUCCUCCACAGGAAAAGCAGGCAAGCCUGAGGACGACAAGAACGUCGAGGACGCGCAGGAGGAUCUUGAGAAAGCCAUUGAAGCUGUCACAGACGCAGCCAUGGCCUGCGGGGCGAUGGCCGCCCCCGCUGUUUCGAGAGAGAGGCCUGGUGGAGCCCAAGAGGCGCCCAAAGGCGAGGAGCGAACGGGAGAUGCUACGGCGGCUGACUCACAUAUGGUUCCUGGCCACAUGGAUAUUGCCUCCACGUGCCUCCACGUGGUUCUCUCCGACUGUGAAGACAACGCUGUCCGGGCUCUUUCAGUGCUCAUAGACCUGGCGCGGUUUUCGCCGUCCGGCAGAUCUGAGAGCGCGUCUGCUUCUGCGUCCUCGUCUGCUUCGCGCUCGUCCUCUGUUCAGGGCCAGUCUUUCCUCGCUAACGCUCCGGCGACGCUGCCGCGGGCCGCUGAGCUGCUUCACGACACGCUGCCGCAGCUGUAUACGCGCCUGAUGGAGGCGAUUCGCGAGCAAGUGAAAAGUUGCGAAAAGACGGGGAAGCCGCCAGAAAUGGGCGAGUUGCCUCUGGGGCUGGUCAACCGUGCAGAGGGCCAACUCGUCCCUGCGGUGCUUUCGAUUCGCGUCGCCGGCGAUGUUGCGUACUGCCUCAUUGCCCUCUCCACGAGACUUCCCAUGAUGCUCCUGUUGCUCCAACACCCCACGUCUCUUCAGAAACUUCUUCAACGUAUGCUGGACUUUGUGCAUAUGGAGGUACCCGGAGCGCCGGCGUUGCCGCGGCGAGGAGCCGCGCCGUGCUAUCAAGCGCACUCGCAGCAUAAUGGCGGUCGGACAGCGUUUUACGACUUUCUCUACGCGCAGACUCGUAUUUUCUUCCUCUUCUGUUACCUGAUCAAGAACGCGCCCGCCCCCCCUCCUCCCCUGCUUGCCGUUCCCGGAGCUCCACAGAAGGCGUGCCUCUCGCGACCUGGCGGCCUGAGCGACACCGCCUCAGGGACGCCUUCCUCGACGAGCGUCUCGUCGGCAGUGUCGGAGCUCGCGUGCUUUUUGGCACAUAAGGCGGCGCCUUCUCUUCCGGCAUUGAUUCCGCGGCUGCUGGCACUGCUCGGCCCCCCGUUCCUGUUUAAGCGGAAAACCGUCCACGAGUCUCUCAAGCUUCUUGUCUCGUCGCCUCGCUUCCGCCGUCUUGUUUCGCCCUACCUGCGGGAGAUCCUGCGAGACGAGUUGGCCGCCGCGCGCUCGAGUACUGACGCACACAUGCUGCGGACCUACGCCUUCACGCACAUCCAUGACCUUCUCAUUGCCUUCGCCUCCGACCUCUCAACGUGGGAUAUUUCUUUCCUGUCCUCUCUUCUCCGCACCGUUGGCGCUGCGUUCAACGCCGAUCUCUUCGGCGCGCUUGGAGAAUGCAGGGGAGACCAAGCAGACACCGACAAGGAAGACGAGGAGGAGGAGAGCCUUGGCGGCUUGAGAUUCGGGGAAAGGCUCGGACGCCGGCAGCCCGUCGGGAGCGCCCCGGCGCGUGGGUCUUCCUCGGCGGCGCCUGUCUCUUCGUCGCGGAGGGGCGUGCGGCGGAGACGGACGGCGUUCAGUGCCUCGUCAGCUGAGAAUUCAGUCGGGACUCUUCUGCACACGCGGCAGCUGCUCGUGAAGAUCGUCAGCUAUGUGAUUGAAGUGGCAGUCAAAAACGCUCACCAGGCGGGCGCAAUCCAAGCUGCGGCAGCAGCUGCCCACGCGGUCGCGGCGCUCUACGAGGGACAGAAGAAUGCCCCGGCCGAAGGCGAAGAUGUGAACAUGGCGGGGGAAGUGAUGGCAGAUGCCGGAAGCAGUUCACAGACGCGUCCCGGGGCCGAGACAAACGAGGCCGGAGCUGACGCAGGCAGACCAGACAGCGCCAGCACGGCUCCGUGGGCGUCCGCCUCCUCUGCCCUCUCGUCGUCCGCCCCGCCGGCAGUCUCUGUGUCUGCCAUUGCAGCCUCGUGGAGAACUGUCGAGGGUGGAGAGUACGGACGGCGCGUCGACGAGCGGCUGGUGGCCAUCCGCAGCCUCCUCCAGCAGGCGGUUCGAGUCCUCGCUCUUUCGCUCAAGACUUUGAGAGCGAUCCUGCCGCUGCUUUAUGCUGAAACAGCCGCGAUCGACCUAUCUCCUCCCUCCACUACGCGUCCGUCAUCGGCGGGUGCCGACUACCCGUUGGACGUUUCAGGAAACGUCAACAAGUCUUCUAACGCGUCGAGCUUCGCUCCUCCGGCGCACCCUGCGUUCUACCCCCCCCUCUCCGCUCUUGCACUGCUCCUUCCCUUCCACCAUAGCCCGGGCAUGGAGUCUGUGGCUCCGGAAGUGUCUUUCCUGACACCGCCACCUCACUCACCCCUGAGCCGUCGCGCCUGCGGUCCCGAGUCUGCCGCGGAGAUCUCCAUCGCGACCACAGCCUGCGAUGCGCUUGCCGAUAGCGCGCGACAAGUUGCGACGUCAUACCAGGCACUGCCAGAUCUCCUCAGGCAGCUGAAAAACACCCUGCGAACCACGGCCGUGGCUCUAAGGUGCGCUCUGUAUUAUCAAACAGUCCUUGAGAUCGAAGUCGAGAUAGCGGCCUCUGCUGCAGCGGAGGCCGCAGCCUCGACCGCACACAACGCCUUCCUGGCGAAGAGAGAGAAUGAGCGGAGACAAGGGCGUACUCAAGCGGGGUCCGCGGCGCCACAAGGUGAAGCGUCCGCUGAGCGACAUGACGCUGAGAAGGGAGGACAGGCGCCAAGUGGUGUGACGGGCGAGCACGCGCCAGCCGCUUUUGGCUUUGCUGCCUCGAGGGGUGGCGACGGAGGGGCAGCAGCUGGCUACACUCCCUCGCUGUCGUCGUCUUCCUCUCGCGCUGGGGGUUCGCAGUCCGCGGCCGCGCCGGUGGACUCUAUAUCUGUGGCGGCGUCAUCGGCGGGUUUGUCUGCCGCCUCAGCAGCGGUGGCGCGGAUGGCGUUUGACGUGCGGCUUCUUCCACGUGGUCACGCGCUGGGGGUGGCGGAGCUGGAAAUCCUGUCUGAGGCCUUCUUCGACGGGCUUGUCUGCGCACGCGCCUACGGCCGCCUUUACGCGGGGUGCACAGCGCCGUGUCUGGUCUCCUGUCUCCGCUGCGGAGGCGCAGGAUGCUUCACGAUGCGCGUCCCCGAGCUCCCGGCUUUGCUCGGGAGGGCGACCGCCAUGGCGGCGCACGACAGGAGCGCCGCGGCGACGGGUUGGCCGUUGCCUCCGCAGGCAGUCCAGGGCGACCUGGCUUCGAGCUUCUCGUGCUGCACAGCGGGGCCCCAGGGGCACUCUGCGCCACGCAGGGUUGGGCGGCGACGCGCGCACCUAGCGGAACAAGGCGGAGGGCCGCAGGCGGGUAAAAAGGCCGAAACUGAGACGGAUUCUGCGACUCCUGAUUCAAGCUUUUCCUCCUUUUCGCCGUUUUCACGGUGUGCCGGGGGCGGCUGCCGCGGGAACUGUUGCUGCAGCGAGGCGUGGGCGAGCGGGACGGGACGCAGCAGCACAGGUUGCCACCUGUUUGUGAGCGUGGAGGAAGGCUACAACGAACUGGUGUUGUCGUGUGCGCAGGGAGAAGAGAGGGAUGCCAUCGAAGUCGUGGCUUCGUCGCUGACGUUCCUGCAUCCCGCAAACCUGCGGGACUUUGCCGUGACGCAUAUUGGCAGACUCUACGGCAUGACGUGUCUCCAUCCGAGCACAGUCAUGGCGCUGCAGUUUUUCUUUGCCCACCAGCACACCUGCGUCUUCUUCGCUGAGGCGCUCCUUUCCUUCAUGAUUCCUCGUCUUCCCGUUUUGAGCGAACGCAAGUAUGCGCUGCUGCCCUCUUUCCUCCCGUCGUCGCCGCUGGAGCUCCGCCUCUCUGGAAUGAACGGAGUCGGCUCGCUGUGGGAUGCCGUGGCAAGGGGCUCGGUGCGCCAAGCAGGAGGGGGAGGCAGAGCUGCAUGCUGGAGGCUGCCUGCAGGCACCUACGCUACGGAGAAGACGUACUUCUACUUCCAUGCGUGUAACUGCGAAGUGCGGAGUCUGCUAGACGGCGGUCUUAGCGAGAAGAGGAAGAUGCGAAGCCUCUGCUUCCGGGAAGCAGAUGCUGGCAGGCCAGGAGAUGCACGAGGCCUUCAUUCGGAGCCGCUUGAGGGAAGCGACCGUGAAGGAGAGGGGGACUGGUCAGUGGAUUCAAAUCGCCGUAGCGUGUAUAAGCAGUUUGACGCAUGCAAACUCAUUUCGCGGGAGGCACAGAUGAGUGACCUUCUCAUGUCCGCCCUAGACCUUCAGAUUCCGCUUCCCGGAGAGGGGGUCUUUGUCUCGCUUGUCUUCCCCCACACGCCGUCGCAAAUCCACCGCCACGGGGUCAGGACGAGACGCCUUAGAUCGGGUCGGUGCCCCAGCAGAAAUACCGAAGCGCUUGCCAGCGGUCUCUCGAGCGACGACAGGGUCCGAUCGGCUGUGACCGAUGGCAGCGCGUCGCGGUACAGGAGAAGAACGAGAAAGAGAGACGCGGAGGGAGGGGAGGAGAGAGUGGGCGAGCAAGAAGGACGGCGCCUUCACAAGAAGGGAUGCAGCGCAUAUCAGCUUCUCCUGGCAGAUGUCUUUGACCUGCCACCACCCAGGCUUCAAGACAAGGCGCUUCUCGUGGCGGAUCGCCGCCUGGAUCAGCACGCGGGAACGCCGGCGGCCAGGAUGGCGUGCGCUCCUUCCGAGGCUGGCGAAGAUGAAAUGGCGCGAAGGCGAAUCACGAGGAGACAACUUGAGGAGGAAGAGGCCCUUGCGUUCAGCGUCUGGGAAGGCGUUCAACAGCAGGAGCAACGCCAGUGGUCUCAGGACGAUGCGGAUAUGCCGCCAACGUGCCUCCCCGAACCCGCUGGAACAGAUACCUCUUCCUCGUAUUCUGCGGCAGUACCAGGGGAUCCUCGCUUAACAGAGACUGCCUUUCUCCUCCGCCGCUCUUUAUACCUUCGGUGUCUCCUUCCUCUUGAUCAGCGUCUCCCGAGCCCGUCCGCGCCGUCGCCUCUUGUGUCUUUCGUGUAUCCGUUGGCGUCCGUGCCGGCGCCGAACUACAUUCCACACGACCCGCAGGCGGCUCAGCAAGAUACCAAGGCUCGGACCGCUUGCAGUGCUUCCUCCGCAUCUCCAUCGUCUCCCUUUGAUCGCCCACCUUGCGUGCUAGGCCAGCCUCCACCGCUCGGGGCGCCGCCUGCGUUAGACGCAGAGGUGGCGUCUGCCGCCGCCGUUGACCUUUUGUGUAAGAUGGUAGACUGCGUGUCUCCCUCCAUCUCCUCGUCGUCUCCGAGCCCGCCUUCACUUUUGGCGCCCUCUUCGCGCGGAGCGCGUGCGUCCACUCGGCCCUCUUCGCCUUUCCCGCCGUUUGCGGAGGAGCCCACCAGCUUGAUCGCAGGCCCGCACGACACGCCUCACGUAGUCGGUGGUGAGGAGGGCCUGAUGUAUAGCAGCACCAGAUAUGCCCGCAUGACAGAGGCGAACACACACAUGCGCCUCUACCGUUAUCUCCUCAAAGCGAUCGUGGCGUGGCCUGAGUGUGAGGCUCGCCUGACCCAGGAUCUGCUUCUGCUCUGUAAGACGACGCUCUCGCUCGCAGCGGAGACUCCGCAGCCGUACCUUCUUCUCGGCCUCCUUCGCGCGCUGUUCCGGCAGACAACCCCUACGGGCCGCAGCAGCUCCCUCUACACCGCCUUCCUGUCGUUUCUCCCCGAAUUCCUCGCAACGUCUGUGGCUCUCCAGCGGUCAGCAGGCGCUGCGGUGCCGUUUCUGCGAAAUCUGUGGGUCGAGGUCUGCCUGAUGGCGCCGGCAAGGCUGAAGAAUCUGCUGCCGCAUCUUCCCUUCUUGGUGCAUCCCGUCCUCACGGCGCUGUCGUGCGGCGACCCCGAGGUCGUCACACUCGCCCUGCGCACGGUCGAGCUCUGGGUGGAGAAUCUCCGGGGCGAUUACAUUUAUCCCAUUCUCGCGACCCAAUUCCACGGGGGCGUGAGAAGCGAAACUCGGCCCCCUAUCCUUCUCGCACUCCUUCGUCUCCUUCAGCAGCCGCCGGCGCUCGCAGAGGCUUGCUGUGGGGCCCUUCCUCCGACCUGGGGCUUCCCGUCGUUGCGGCUCUACCACGCGUCUGGCGCAGCUGCAGAGUCCGGCGAAGAAGUGGGAGGGAAGCGUGGCGCUGGAGGCGCGACGACGUCUGCAGGAGCUGCAGGCGGUCUGCUCCAGUCUUCGUUCUCUGCGGGCGGACCGGGCUCCGCCCCCGGAAGCUUCGCAGGCGGCGCUUGGGCGCCCUCCCUAGGACUGGGCGCGGCCGCGAGCGUUGCGCCAGGCGCCGUUGUCGGUAGCGCGAUGUCUGGGGGGCCGGGCGGAUACGUGGGGAGCUCCAAGGGCGGACUCGGCGGCGGAGGCAGCCCACAGCUUCUCUUGCUGCCUCAGAUGACGCUGGGGGCCUUGUCGACCGGUUUGGGAGCCGUGGGCUCAGGCGCAGGCACGCUAGGGGCUCUGGGCGGCGACGGGACGGCGGUCGGGUGCCGAAGCGGCGCGGGCGCGAGCGGGAUUCAGUGGAUCCACCUGCAGCAUCAGCAGGAGAAGCACGCGUUGAUGGUGAUGCGAAUUCUCGGCAAACUGGGAGGGAAAAAUCGAGCCUUCCUGAAGCUGCCGCAUGUCUGCUCGCCGCGGACAUUCUUCGGCAAUGCACUCCUUGUCGGCCUUCCGAUGGUGACGCCUCGGCGGGACGCUCAAAGUGUCUCCUCACACCGUCUCAGUGACAAGGGGGAAAUCGCCGGCGAGCUGCUUACGUGGGUGUCGCUCGCCGCCCGUCAAGGCCAAGCCGGUCGCGCGGCCCGACAGCCGACGCAGGCGCGCGGAGCCGACGAGGAGGCGCAAGAUGCUUCUCCGUCAGUCGGCGGCGCGGACAGCGACGCUGUCUCUCCGUCUGGCGCUGAAGAAUCGAGCGAAGCUGCAGGAGCAGAAACAACGGAAGACGACGGAGCUGCAUGCGACGAAGGAAUUCGCGUGGCAGGCCUGGACAUGGAUGAGAUUCUGCGCGUCGUUGUGGCGAUGCUGGAGGCUGCAGAGAGCGCGAGCCAGUCGGCGUAUCUUUACCACGCAACGACUCCGCAGCUCACGUCUUCGCCGCUUCCUCGCCACCUGGCGCGCACGCAGGAGCAGGCAAUGGAUGCUUCUGCUCUUGGAAGGCGGUGCUGCGCAAAGCACAAGAGGACGCUCGUCUGCCGUAGCGACGGCCAAGGCGACUGCGAGGCGCGAAGCGACGCGGCGUCCUCGUCGGCAAGAGGCAAGGCGCAGGGACCGCGUGAAGCCCUGCAGACUCUGAGAAAGGCUAUGGAAAUGGAAACGAAGAGGAAGGGUAGAUUGAGUGCAGAAACGGCCAGAACGCGGGCGGAGGGAAGUGCAGCGACCGCGCAGGGUGACUCUGCAUCAGAUUCGACAGAGACAGCUGAAGGCACUUCAAGCACAGACGAGGAGACCGAGAGCGAGACAGAUGAUCUCAGGCCCGAUGCUCACGGCCGCGAAGGGGCAGAACGGAGUGUUUCGCUUUCUGGAGGGGCGAUGCGAAAGCAGAAAGAGGCGACAGAGGAAUUUCUCAACGUCGAGCUGUCGGGCGUGAUGGUGUGCGAAGGCUGUGUCGCCUCCUUCUACCGGCAGCAGGCGUCGCGACUUCUCCAGCUAGCCGUCCUUGCUCUGCUGGAUCUCAGCACCCCCCUAUCUUCCUUUUGGCUCGCAUGCGUGAACAAAGCAACCUCCACUUUCUCCGAAUCGUUUCCCGCCGUCCCCCUGGCGCCGCAAGUCCAAGCGAUUCAGCAGCGCCUCCGUGCGUCGCUCGCUUUCUCUUCGUCUCUGGCGUCUCCGGCUCCCGAAGCUUCGAGUGUGGCGAGAGGGAAGGCCCCUUCCGUCGUCCCACCUGACUACAAAAGACUGAUUCUCCAGCAGAAACUCGAGGAGCUGCAGGCAGGGCAAACGAACUUCAGCGGCGACCGAGCGCUGCCGACCGCAGCGCUGCGUCCUCUGAUCGAGUUCGAAAGGGGCAGGCAGCAAGCUGAGAAAUCGCGCACAAGCGAGACGCCCGAAACGGCUGCGGCCUUGUCGGCUGGAAGCGAGGUGAAGGGAUGCCCAACUCCCGCGUGUUCGGCCCUGGGGACAGCGGCCUUGGUGUGUUCCAAGGUGCUCCCUAGACACAAAGCCGCGCUCCGAACGCGCAUGCAGCGCCAAGCCGAACAAGAGCUCAUUCAACUUCUUCUUCGUGGGCUCCUUUUGCUCGCCUGCGACGGAAAGGCAGAGGAAAGUCUGUUAAAACAGAAAAUGAGAGCCUUGGCUCGACGGCAAGCAGCGUGUCGCGAGUGGGCUAGGAAGGAGGGCGGAAAGGCCCCGCGCGGAGGCGCCGCGCAGGAACCGAAGGCGGCACAAGAUGAGGGACACGCAGAGGACACAGAGGAUGGAAGCAGUGACGAGGAGGUAGUUGAGGAGGAUAUUGUCGCACGCGCGGAGGACUGCGAUGGAGAAGGACUCGGUGCAAUGGCGUUCCUGCGCGGCUUGCUGCGCCACUUGGUUUUCAUCGCGGCCGCGAGGAUCUACAGACCAGACGCAGCCGCCUUGUUCAUCCCUGCUGCCCUCCAUGAGAUCGACGCCAUUGGGCUCCUUCGCGGUCUGCAGCCAUGCCUGUCGUUGGAGCCGUCUCGCCUGCUCCCGACGCUUCGUUGCGUCCAGCUGAUCGAGGAGACAGCGCGCUUGUUCUGCCUAGUGCAGCCGCACACGGUCUCCGAGGCCAUGGGCUCGUUGUUUGCGUCGUCCCUGUGUCAGCUUUACAUUCACCUCUGUUUUACGGAGUCGUGGCGUUCGAAGGCGGCUGGCUGUUUGGUCCUGAUUCGCCUUCUUCGCACGAUGCCGCCAGAGUGGGCGCAGCGGAAUCUCGUCAAGAUCGCGGAGGCCGCGAUCUUCGUCUCCAAGGACGCCACGGCUCAAUACGCACCCGUCACGCAGCUGCUCGCUUCGGAGUGCGUGCUGCUUCUCUUCACCGUGGCCUUCUGCGGCUACGCAGGCUCUGUGCGGCCUCCCUUCCUGCAGCUGGCCUUUGGCUUCAAGACCUCGCCGCUGUGGAGAGAAGACGCAGACGGCGAGGAGGGAGGAGAGGGUGAGGGCGCACGGGGCAAGCGAAAAACUGGGGCCAGUUCGCAGGAAGCAGGGAAUGAACGGAAGAGGAAGCAGACCGGGAGAAGCGGGGCGGAGGAAGCCGCGGAGGAAGAUGGAGACAUGGGCUUCCACAGUGCCCUUGAGGACGACUCGAGCGAGGACGACGGAGAUCAGUCGGAAGAAGACGAGGAGCUGAGAGACUUGAAACGGUUCACUUCGCCUCCGUCCUCCUUCCUGCAGAGCCUGGUUUUGGCGGCGGAAGGAUCCCUCUUCCGUGCUCGGUACGCUGCUGCUUUGCCAGCUGCUGCGUCGUCGGCGGCGCGAUUCUUGGUGCCUCCGCCUCUCGCUGAGGACAUCCAGCUGUCCUAUCGCUCUCGCCGCAGCCGCCCUGCUGGCUCGCCGUGGUGGAUGAAGCGCAGUGAGUGGUUGUCGUGGGAUGCGUUGAGGCAGAAACGCUCUGACGGAGUUGCGGGUCUUCCGUCGCCCUCCGCGCAGGCGCAGUCGACAAGCGAGCGCGAGGGCGAGAGAAGCCGGCUUGCGUCACCGCCGAUGAUCUGGAAUCCAGAAGAGGAACUGUGGGCGGCGCUGUGGAGGGUCUUCGAGAAGCUGGUCAUUCCCAACCUCUACCAAGUCCGACCUGAGUCGCGCCGACUCGCUCAGCAGCUCUUCGUCCUCGUGCCGCGCCUGCUGGGGACAGAGGCAGCAACGAUGCUGGCCUGUGGACCUGUGAGAAAAGAGCGGGCAGUUGCUGUCAGAGCAGCGGAGUCUCACGAGGCGGCGGGAGCGGAGGGCGGCUUGCAGAAAGGCACCAGCGAUCCGCAUGCACCCAGCCAGGAGGAGGAACGCAAGCAGGCAGUCUCCCCGACCUCUGCGACUUCGGCGUCUUCCCCUGGCUCGCCUUCGUCCGCCGCGCUCAACCGCGUGCUGAAGUGGGUCACACUGAGGCCCGUUGCCCUUCUCACGAUGCAGUGGCAGGCCGCGUUCCUUGACUGUAACUGUUUCCUGGCCUCUCUUCGCCCGACGCCGCACGCCAUCUGCCCAGCUGCUUCGGCAUCGGCCGCAUCCGCCAGCCGAUGCAAGGACGCUGCGGAAGACUCUCGACGGCGUCCGCUGACCGCAGCCGGUGGCGCGGGAAAAGAUGGGCAUGAACCUCUGUCAAGAGCCACCCAGGACUUUAUGACCUCUGACGCCGCAGCUGUGGUGUGUUGGAUCAUCGAAGAUGCCCUCGCGGUUUUAGGCAAAGGCCUGGAGGCUGAGGCCUCGGCCUACCCGUCUCCUGUGCUUGUGCCGAAACCGGGCGCGGCGGCGCCAGCCUCCGCGAAAGAUGGGGUGGGGGACUCUGCAUCCAAGCCCGACGAGGAGAAACAAGGGGGUGAAGGAGGUGUCGGCAAAAAGGCAGAUGAGUCGCCAGAGGGAGCGCCUCCUGCUGUACCCGAGUCCACUGGGAACAAUGAAGCUCCGCGACAAAAGACUGAAGCGGCUACUUCUGGCCAAGCAGACGCGGCUUCCUCCGCGCCUCGAGCUGCUUCUGCCGAAGUCUCAAUCAUUCAGGGCGGUAUGAGAGCGAUGGCCGCGGCUGUCGCUGCCGACGCUUCGUCUCAGGGCGGUGCGGCGACCAAGGACGAGUCUUACGUGACGACGCUCCUGCUCGCGCUGCGCUUCUUGAAGCUCGCGCUCAUCCACCCAGAGUGGCAGGACCUGCUGUCUCGCCCGCGGUCGGAGCUUCGAAAAAUCGCCCAGAGCACCCGGGCGAGCGUGGACGGCCCUGAGGGAUCGCCGGGGGCCGCAGCCGCGGAGACGAGACGCAAAGAGGCCGAGCAGGCGGCAGACCCCAAAGGUCCAAACGACGACUUGGCACCAGACAAAGCCGGCGGAGAGGGUGCGCAGCGCAAUGUGGACAUGAAGGAGAGGGAACCAGACGCAAAGGACAGCUCAACUGAUGCGGACGGAGAGCCGAAGAGCCAGAUCGGAGAGACGGAAGAUCGUGGUGAAGCAAAGACCACAGGCGAGGAACAAGACGCACGCGAAGGCAGCGAAGGAGGCCUGUUGCUCGAGACAGCUCUGAACGGGGCGCGGACCAUGAGGGAACACUGUGGCGCCAUGCUUGCCAGGUUCCUGUUCUUCGCCGACGUCGACGUGGCGCGGGGUGCAGCGCACGCACUGCACGUAGCUCUCGCCUUCUGUGGGAGUUCGGAGUUGCUUCUGGGGCGGGCGCUUCCUUCAAUCCGCCGCUUCUUCUUUUCUUGUCAGCCUGUCUCAUCUGUUGCUUCUCUGGCGCCCCUGCUUGCGCCUGUCAACCCCAUAACGUCCUUCUUUUUCCUGUCUUCGUCCGCUGCCUCGCCGCCUUCGGAGCUGCCGCCGUCGGAUCUCUCGUCCCUCUUCUCGGCAGUCUCUUCCCGGGCAAUUCCGCCCGCUCCAGUCUGUUUCGUCUCCCCCGUGCUGAUGCGGUCGCGUAUCCAAGGUCUGGCGCGCCUCCUCAAGCUGCUUCCGGCGCCUCAGCCUUCGAGUGUCUCUCCGGCGUCUUCUGACGCUGCGUCAACGGCAGCUGCGCAGCCAUUCUUCGAUGCCACGUUUGCCUACCAUCUUCUCGGCUGGUUCCUUCUUGCUCACCGCGAGGCAGUCGGCUGCCUGGAGCAUGCAGGGCUUCUCCAGCACCGGCGGAAGCUCUGGAACUUCCUCGCGUGUCGCAGGACCCACGCUGGCCGGAGGGCUUCGCCCCGCCUCCCCGCAAGCUUCCUGGCUGGCGCCCGAGGCAGCGCAGGCACUGGCCUCUACGGCGAGGGCGCAGCCGCUGAGUACUUCAGGCUGUGCGGGACGCCGAACGUGGCCGCGACGGAAAUUGCUGCGGCGCUGCUCAGCUUGUUCUCUUUCUUCCCCGUCUGCAGCCGGACUUUCCUCCGCGCGGUUCUCUUCGAGACGACCGCCCAGGCAUCUCUGGUGCCCUUCGCGUUCGCGUCGUCGGGCUCGUUUCUCCCUCUUGGCGACGCGCAGAAGCAGUCCGAAGAAGGGAGGAGUGACGUGUGCAUGGAGACGGGGCUCGCGCUGCCAGCAGGCGAGCAGCCAAAGGGAGCCGAGCUCACGCAGGAGGAGAAGGAUGUCCUUGCGGACGCCAAGAGUCCUGUGCUGCUGUCCUGCCCCUACCGGCUUUCUUUGGGGUUCUUCCUCUCCCGCUUUGCCUCGGAAGCUGCUGAGGUCCUCUUGCAACCUCUCGCAGAGCCGAACGAGUCACGAGAAAGGCUGGCGCAAGACGAAGAUGCCUUUGCGGUCACCCUGCAGCAGCUUAUGCAAAUGCGGCAUACUCGAGUUCUACGGCUCCACAUUUGCCGGCACCUGGAUUUGCUGCUCCCCAUUCUCCGUGUGCCGCCGCACCGGGCGGUGUCCGCGUCUUCUCGGCCUUCCGCCUCGUUUCGUUCGAUUCGCGCCGUCUUGCGGCUUUUCUCCGGCAUCCGCCAAGAGCAACCAGACUUCCUGUUUGCCCACUUUUUGGCCUGUCGGCCCGCAAGCCAGGAGGCGGGAGGAAAGGAGGCAGCGGAAGUGGACGGCGAGACGCGGACUGCUGCCGGCGCGCUGUGCAGCCUCGUGGAGCAGCUCGUAACCUUCCAGUUAGAACGAGCGGGUUUCGGCCCUUUUGACCGCGACGAGAAGCAGGAGAGGGAAAACCGUGCCUCGGUUCUCGACGCCGAUGCGUCAUUGAGAGAAGCGCGCGCCUCCUUCGCCGCCACAACUGCGCGCGACGAGAUCGAGGCCCUGGCGGACAGCUCUGAGUUCAUGGUGGUGGUGGAACUUCUCGUGUCUUUCUUCCACUUUGCGUCUCACGCGUCGCUCCAAGGCACGAUCGAUCCCGAGCUCCUCACAGUCCUGAUUUCGGCCUCCGGCGCCGCCUCGCGCCCUCGUCUUGCUGCCGACUCCACCUCCGAAGAGACCUGGUUCCCCGCCACGUGUCGGUCGGCGGUGUGCGACUCUGCCGCGCGCGAUCCGAGCCUCGAGCGAGAGGCGUCCUCCGCGUCCUCCGCACUUCCCGGCGGCGGCGCGGGCGUCGCGGUUCUUCCGGCUGCGUAUCUGUCGCUGCUCGCUCGCGUGGAACCGCACCUCUCGCAGGCGAAGCUUCGGGUUCUUUCUGCCCUCGUUGGCUGUCUCGCGCUGGACAUUCAGGGCGGCACUGUCCAGCCCGUCGGGUCGCUUCGGAACUUCGUCUCCAGCGUAGCUCUGCCGGCACUGUCCUGGCGCGAGAAGAAGAGCCUCCUGCUUGCGUGCCUGAGGAAUCUGCUGGACGCCGUCGCGGUUCCUCCCGCCGCCGCCGAAGAAGCGGAGGGCACUCGGGGGACGGGGUGCGGAGAGGACACAAGAGGAGCGCGCGCAGCCGCGGCGCGGAGGAGGGCAAGGCACACUGCUCUCGUCGCAGAGGAGAGGCAGCGCGCCGAAGAGCUGCUGAGGUCGCUGGAAGCAGGAGGGAGACUGCCGCGCGGAGGGCAGGUCGGCGCAAGCGACCUCCCCAGCGGCGCACGCGUCCCUCUGCGGCUCCUUGCCGUUCAGCUGCAGUUCGUGGCGGUUCCCCUUCUGUAUGAACUCCUUCCGGCGCUGGGCGCCGCCGGGGCGCAGGAGAGGAUGUGCGAGGGGGCGGAGACGGGAAGGAGAGGCGCUGAGGGAGAGAGCGAGAACGCGUUCACCAGAGCGGAGGUCGACUCCCUGGUGUCGUUCGCUGGGCAUGUCGUCAUUCUGGCCUCUGGCUUCCGUCCGCGUGCCCCGCCGAGCCCGUCGCUGGGUGGCUGCGAGAUGGCGAGCACUGGCGAGGGCGGGGGAUGCCUGUGGAACGACGACAACUUGUUUGAGUGUUUCUUCCCUCCGCGUCUCGACGACACGACAACGAUCCAGAUUCUUCGUCUUGUGAGUCUGCUGCUUCCUUUCCUCGACGACCCCGAGUCGCGGACCGGGACGUAUUCGCCUGCGAAGGCCGCUCUGAUCCGUUUCUGCUGGCGGCAGCAGCAGCCUCCACAGAGCGGGGAGGCGCUCCACUUGCUUCGCGAAGACAAGUUCAAUUCCCGGUCGGACGACGCGCGCGACAAGGUGCUGGUCUUGGAUUGGUAUUCGAGCGCCAGCAGCGUGGGGCUGCAACACGUCGCUCUCUACGUGCUGACUAAGUUCGGGUGUCUGUACACGCCGGCUCCGCGUCUGCACCUCCACCUUUUCAACUCGCUCCUCCACGCUUGCCCGUCCCCCGUUCCGGACAUGAUCUCGGACUCUCUCUCGAAGCUGCUUCCGCUUCUGCCGUCUUCUGCCGCGUUCGCGUUGCCCAACUCCUUUGCCGCGUCGUCUCUGUCGACAACGGCGUAUCUUCCUUUCUCGCUGGCCUCCUCAGGAGGCGCGUCGGUCACGAAGCAAAGGCGAGAGGAGAGAGGCGCGGCGCGGGCUUCCCCUUCAGACUCGCUUCCGGUCACGCCUCCGUGGGUGCGCGUCUUCAUGCGCACUCUGCAGGAGAUGAGGGCGUUCCCGUUCUUGCUUCAUCCGCUGCAGUGUCUGUACACGUGGGAGACUCUGUUCUUUCCGUAUCGCCAGCCGCUGACGCCGAUUCUCCUCGCCACCAAUCAGCAGGUGCUGCGCUCGCAGCCCACGCCGCCCUCGUCGGGCAGCAGCGCCGCGGCGCUGGGGGCUGCAGCUGCAGCGGAACAGCGCACGCACGUUCUGAACGUGAUUUCCGUCAUUCUCGGCUGGGAGCUUCGCAGCGUCCUCUUCUCACUGGCUCUUCGGGGGCCCUACGAAGCCGCAGCUGACGGUGACCUCGGCGGCGAAUGCGCCAGAAAGAAGCCGAGGCUUCUCGACCAUGGAGAGGAGGACCAAGGGUCCGGAGGAGACGGCGAAAGACGAAGACCUGCUGGGGAGACGUGGUCCCGAGGAGAAGACGAGGAGACAAAGAAACUGGAAUGCGCCCACGUGCACGAAGAAAGACGCGUCAACCGCAUGCGGACUGUGUUCGCCGCUGCGGAUCUCGCACUCCAGCGGAAUGCGUGGUUCUCGCGCUGCAGCACCCAGUUGCAAUCUCACGCGUCCGCGAUCAAGCACCAAGUCCGUGAGGAUCUGCUCUCCCAGCGCGUCGCGGAGGAUUCCUCGUCUGCUGCCUCAGUCUCCCCUGCAGCGGAGCGCGCAGCUCUCGAGACGGCGCUUUACAGUCGUCUGUCUGUCUCAGAAGCCAAUCAAGUCGCUGUUCAGUUGGUGCGAUGUUUGACACCCCUUCCCUUCUUCGUGUCGGGGGGGAUCUACGCGCCGAGCUCCGCGUCGCGGGCUCUCAAGUGCCUCGCGCUCCUCCUUCAGUUGCGGCCGUCCACGGUCAUCCCGCUAGUUCUCGUCGAGCGACUGUGCUGCCAGGCCGUCCAGGCCUGCGGUGUCACGCUCUUCCCUGCCCUGUCGGGAGAGAGGGUGCUGGGAACCGACCGCGAGCGGCACGGAGGCAGCGGCGCGCAUGCGUCUUCGUCGCAGAACGCGGGAGGCGCGGCGGCGUUCACCAGGCUGCUGCUGCAUGUGUUGUCCCUUCUAAACGUCGUCGUGCAACAACAGGGCGCCGUCUGCACAUGCGAGGCCUGCGUGGAGGCCUCCGCCAGGCCCGGGCGCCGGGGCAGAAGACGCGCACGCGUCCAGGCCAGGCCACCUCGCGGCCGCGAUGAGAAGGAAAAAGGAGCCUCAGGCGAGGCGGGUGAGCGGGCGGCCAAGAAGGAAGCCGAGGGGAGUAAACAGAAGCCUGAAACGCAAGAUGACGCAGGCGAAGCUGCAAAAAGGAAGCCGACGCCAGACGCAGAGGGGCAGACAGAAGAUGCGACAAUGGCUGACGCACAGGAGGCAGCAGAGGCCCGGAAGACAGUGGGGAACAAACCCAGAGAAGAAUGCGCCUGGCGGACCUCGCUGCCGCAGGUCGUGGAGAUCAUCCUCCUCGCCGCGGCUGGGUCGAGUGACUCGCGCGUCCUUCUCUCUCUCCAGGCUCUCGUGACAAAGAUCGUCCUUCUUCACCCUCCGUCCCGGGAACUCACCAGAGCGGUCCGCAGUGGCCCCGCGGUGUUUUCAGCGUGGGCGGCGUCCUGCAGCUUUACUUUUCCCUCUUUGUCAAGGCAGUCGGCGAGUCCUCCCUGGUGGACUCAUCCCGUGACUUUCGCGUCGCCGCGCGAUGCGUCGUCCUCUGCGGCGUCGCCCUCGUCGCCGGUGGAUUACUUUUACUACCGGCUCUUGAGCGCGAUUUUCGCAGGCUUCUACUCGUGCUCGUCUUCUGCCUACUCCGCACCGCACCCCUACUUCUUUGUGCUCACGGCCGAUCGCCGAAACGACUCGCAGAAUGUCCACUCCCUCGGAGUUUGGGCGGAGCCGCGUCGCCUAGCCAUGUCGUUCCAGGCUUCAGUGCACCUAUCUGUGGCGCUCAGCUCGUUGGCUGCCGUCAGUCCCCCCGCCACGCUGAGCUUCCUGCGAUUCCUUCUGCCUUCCUGCCUGCAUGCCCUUCUCUCGGUGGUCUACGCCUUGCGCGAGUUCGCCCUCUCGGGCGGGAAGGCAGGCCCGGCGGCGCCUUCGUCUCGCUCUCAGCCACUCGCGGGCUCCUCCGGCCGCAGCAGCCACGCCGCCUCGCAGCUCGGAGGCGAGGGCCGGCGCGACGGCGGCGGCAGUCAGAGCCGGAUGGGGCGAGCCGACGGGUCCUUUUUCUACUCGUCUCAUUCGUGCGUCUCCGAGGAGGGCCUGGCGGACCUGCAGCAGAACUUUGGCGUGCUGCUCGCUCUUGUGACGUCCUCGCCGGCGCUUCUUCGCCUCUCGCCUCUCGCGACGGAGAUGCUCAGCGAGCUCUUCCGCGCGGUUGGAGGCGGCGGCCGGACCCUAGGGCGCAGAGACAGCGAGCGAGGCGCACGGGAAGUCGCGGAGCGGAUUCGCGAAGAGGGAACCCCCGCCGCGCUUCUUGUGCUUCCGACGCUCCUGGGGCUCGCGCGCGUCAUGAUUCACCCGUCAGUGUCCAUUGAGGACGUGGUCGCCGAGGGGGCUGUAGGGAGAGGUCGCCGCGGGGGAGACGAAGCCGAGUUUGACCAUGGAGACGGCAGCUCGCUCGAUUCCCGCGAGACGGUCUGCGUGGCGUGUGAGCGCGCCAAGUCGAACGCGCGCCCGCGCGCAGGAGGGAAAGAGGACGCAGCGGACGGAGCAGCGAAGAAGGAAGAUGGCGCAGGGUGCUGCUGCCGCAGCAGCCGAGCGGCGCGCGACGCGGCGAUGCGGCUGACCCCAGGCAGCGCGACCAGGUUCCGCGGCCAGUCCGUCGUUAGCCGAAGGCGGGGACUGUCCGUGAGGCGCGGUCCUGGAGACGGCGCCGAGCAGAAGGAAGAUAUCUGCGCAGACGAGACCAGCUGGGCGAGGAAACGCAAGCUGUCCACAUGCGGCGAGGCUGGCGAGAAGUCUGUGGCAAGCGCAGCUCCGGCGGCAGCGUCUCCUCGGUCACCCGCGCAGCUGCCACUGGGCGGCUCCCCGGAGGACGAGAUGCUCUUUGCCCACAGAGCUUCAGGGGAGUCUCGCGGGGAGCGGUCGGCCUUCGCAGAGGACCCGCGUGAAGAGUGGACGCUCUGGGGCGUGCUGGCGACAGCCGCUGCGCUCGAGGAUGGGGCGAGCCGAAAGGCAGACGAGGGGCGCUCACGGGUCCGACGCAUUUCUUACCUCCCGACUCUUCCUGAGAUUGUCCAGCGGCUUUCGUCCAGCGUGCGUCCCCUGCUGUGGGCAGAGAAGGAGGACAAGAGACGCGCCGGGGAAGCAGCUGCGAAGGAGUCUAAGGGCGAGGAUGGAAAGGGGCCUGCAGGCUCCCCUUCGGUGACGGAGGAAAAGCAGGCGACGCAGGACGAUGUGGCGAGGGCUGCGGACGGCGAGGUGGCGGGAAGCGGAGAGAAGGCCAAAACAGGAGACGACCCAGCAAGCACGGCAGAUGCCGGAGAAGGAAAAGCAGAGUCAGGGCGCAGAGAAGAACCCACGAACAAGAAGAGCGCGCAGACCCAGAAGCACAUCUACUCAUCGUCUUCGCUCCAGAAGCCGCGAUCCUGCGGCGUGUGUGCCUCGCGGAAUUUGAACAACUGCGGACCCUUUGGCUUUGCAGACUUGCAAGACUUGCUUCUUUCUCUGGCGCCCGCGGCCGACAGCCACUCGAUGGUCGAGGCGCAUCUUCUUGUCCACGCGCUGGUCUUCAGACUCGCCUGCUUCGAUGCUCCCUUGGCGCGCGACUACCACAGAGUCCACCGGCGCAUCUCGCGGCUGCUCGCUGCAGCCGAAGACGUCGAACAGGGCGAGACGCAGGAAGGCCGAGGUGCGGCAAACCGGCGCGAGAAGGAGGCGGAAGACGCAAGCCAAAAUCCGUCAUCGCAUGACGUUGUUAUGGCGGAUGGCGACGGUAAUCCAGAAAAGGCAGAAGAUGCGCAGAUGGCAUCGUGCGGAGAGGACGAAAAGGCCGUUAAUGUCUGCGAGAGACUCCCGCGUCCGCGCGUUUGCUUCUCAUGCUUGAACGAGCUCCUCUCGGAACACAUCGAGGAUCUGUUCCUUUCGCAGUCUCUCCUUCGCUGCCUUCUCCUUGCGUCGCAGUCAGCGAUUGCGCCUAUUCGCCAUGCUGCACUCGAGUUCCUGCAUGCGCGGCUUCCGCCGUUUGCUUCACCCUACGAGAACAGUGUUCUUGAGGGCGGGGCGAGGCCGCACAACUGCCUGCUGUGCAGCAUCGGCGAUAGCGAAGGCCGGAGGAAAGGCAAAGAAAGGCAGAGAUCUGAGAGAAAGAAGGACGGGAAACACUGGAAACGAGAAGAAUACGAGACAGUGAACGCCUGUCUAGAUAGACUUGUUUGUCUUCUCGAACUCGGAGACGCUUGGGACGUCAUUGGAGGAAGGCCUGGCAUACUUCACACGAUUCUGGCGCUCGUACUCAUGGCCUCUGGCGACUUGAACCAUCGCGAGCUUCUCCGUGACUCCGAAGGCGCGCGUCUCCCUCCUCUUCUCCCGACGCUUCCGCUCGUGGGUGCGGAAUCUGCGUCACCGGGCUCAUGGAUGAACGCAACUGAGGAGUGGAACUCGUACUCGGUCUUUUCUCUGGAUCGGGCGUCCCAGUUCCUCGCUUCUCGCGGGCGCCAGGUCUCGCCGUACGUGCGCGCAGCGACCCAGAUCUACGCGUCUCUGUGCUCCAGCGCUUUCCCUCUCCCCUCGCUGCCGUUCGCGCUGCCGACCGCGGACAAGAACGACGGCUCGCUCGCCCGAGGUCUGCAGCCCGGAAAGGCAGAGGAGAGAAGGGGCGCUGUUGCCAUGAGGGACGGAGACGCGCACGUGACGGAGGAGACGGAGAAAGCGGAAGAUCUGCUUGCAGCCUCGCGCGCCCCCUACGAGGAAGAAUCGCCGCCGCGUGGGCGCGCCCGUUCCACGGGCAGCAAGGCUUGGGCCCCGGUGGACUCUUCUGCGCUUCUGUUGGAUCUCUCGUCGCAGCCUGCCGCCUUUUUCGAGUGGAAGGAGGACUUUGACGCUGCGAUUCGCCUGCACACGCGAUUUUUGUCCGCUGCGUCCACGCUGCUGCUGUCCCCCUCCGCGUCGUCCUCCGCCGCCGCUUCCUCAGCCGCGCUUGCGCCUUCGCCGUUCUUCUGCCAGUCGCUUUCGUCGUCUUCCUCGUCGUGCUGCGUCCUCGACUUGGCUUUCCUCGCGCCGCGCAUCUGCAGGAGUGUGUGGACGUCGGUGUUCCAGGUCCUCUGGCGCGCGAUUGGACCGGAGGCGCGCCGCCUGCUGACCAGGUCCUUCGUGGUCUUUUUGUCAAACCCCUGCCACCUUCGCAUCCCGUUUCUUUCCUCGCUUCCGCCGUGCCACCAGCGACAGCAGCACCACCUUCUGCUUCCGUCCUCCUCGUUUUCUUCCCCGUCCUCUCUUCUGACGGGCACUGGACACGCGGGCGCAGCGGUCAUCCACCCCCUACUCUCCUCCUUUCUUCAGUGCUCCCCGAUUCCAGUCUUCCCAGCCGACAUGCUCUUCUACCUUGCGAAAACGUUCGCCUGCUACCACCAGGUCCUGCCGCUCCUUCAAAACGCGUUCCUCUGCGCCUUCUCCGAGCGCGUCUUGCCGCGCCCCGAGAACGGCGGCCGCGAACCCGCUGACUCCAGGCCGGAGGCCAGCGGAGGCCGCGCAGCGAUCGCCAACGGCGACCGAGCCGCGGAAGACAACCAGAGAAAGGACGGAGGAGCCGCAGAGGCAGAUGCGAAAUCUGGCGCACUCGCCGUCGCCGUCAAGACCGAGCAAGAGACGGAGGCGAAUAGGGGACAGGAGGCAGCCGCUGCAGAGGGCGCCUCUGCACAAGAGAAUUCUGAAGCGGAUGAGGACCUUGACAUGGAAGAUGACGAGAUGGAUGACGACGACGCGCUCUGGCACCUGCAGUGUGGCGCCGUGGCGCGACAGGCGGCAGUGUACCUUCACGAGCUCUAUGCCCAUCUCGAAGAGCCAGAUUACGAGGCCGGCGUGAUUGCCUCGCGCCUCUCGACUGCGGAAGGCAGUGCGGCGCUGGCCUUCCUCCAGCACGGCUUCUACAACCAAGCGAAAAACCGGAUUGUUGAGGCAAUGAAGACCGUCGCCUCUCCGAGCACCGAGCUGGAAGAUGAAGAACAGAAGGAAGAGGUUUUCUGGUGGAACGUCUGCUGGUUGUCCACCACGAAGCACUUGAACCAGUGGAACUCGCUGAAUGAAUACGCCAGCAACUUGGGGACGGAAUCGCACCUGGGGCUCGACUGCGCCUCGAAACUGCAGAACUGGGAUCUGCUGGAGCACAUGGUUGACGCCUACGGCGUCCACUCUCCGUACACCAAGCUGUGCCAGGCGUAUCAGGCGCUCCACGAAGUCGUCUACCCCAGGGGACGACACGAAGGCGAAACCGCUCCGUGGUCGCAGACGCAGAAACUCCGAGAAAUGGAUAUGAGGUGCUGUGAAGGCCAGCGGCUGCUUCUCACCUCAUGGCGGAGACUGCCGUCAGUGAUCACAGACGCCCAUAUCUCUCUGCUCGUCCAGUUCCAGCUCUAUGUUGAGCUGCUUGAGGGCUACCACCUGAUUGUUCAUCUCAGCCGGAGGCUACAGAAAGGCGGCGACUUCCCAACAGCUCGCACGACUCUGAACAGCUGGCGCGAGCGUCUUCCGAACGAGUGGGACUCCAUCGGCAGCUGGAACGAUCUCUUCGUGUGGAGGAACUUCAUUUUCUCGAUAAUCCAGUCGACCGUCACCUCGGCGCCCUCGCUCUCGCCGUCGCAGAAGGCGUCGUGGCCCGCCUACGUCCAAGACAUGCCAUGGACUAUGCUCAAAUUCGUGUCCAUCGCGCGGUCGCCGAAUCGCUUGAGGGAAGUGUCUCUGGCGCUGCUCAUGAAGCUGGAUAACUUGCCUGCCAUGAAGAACCCUGCGUACGCCACUGAAGCCUUCAUUGCAAUGACGGAAAAAGCGAAGCUGUGUCUGGGAGAUUCCUCACAGUAUGUGACUGGACUCCAGCUGUUGAAUGCGUUCGAUUUUGACCUUUCUGGACCAUCUUCGAUCUCUUCCGCUGCUGCGUCGCCUGUGGCGCUUUGCCACGAUCCUCAUCUUCAGCAGCAGCUGGACGCUCAGAGGCUACAGCUGCUGAGGCUCAAGGCGGUCACCAUGUUCAGCUUGUACUGCUCGGAUAAACCGCAUACAUUCCAGGGAGCCAGUAGAGAGGAGCUGCUGUCGAGCGCGGACUCGUUGCUCCGCUUCACUCUGGCCGUCCAGCCGCUCUAUGGCGCCGCGUGGCUGACCUGGGCCAAAAUGAACGAGAAGUUGUUCUUCCUUCACAAAGGCCCGGCGGUGCUGACUGCCCACUCCGCGUCUUCUUCUCAAGCGGCGGGAGCCGACAGCGACGGAGCCUCGGCGGAGACGGCGAGGCCAGGCGACGCGAAGAAAAAGGAGGAGGAGGAAGCCCUGCUGCGCUAUUUGCUUUCGGCCCUGAUCGGCUUCCUCAUGAACUUACAGCUGAGGCCGGCGAAAGGGCGCAUGUACCUUUCACGGAUUCUGUGGCUUUUAUCGUACGACGUCGGACCUCGGAGGCCUCUUGCGCGAGCUUUCCGCCAGAUUGCGCCCUACUGCCCUGUUCGCUGCUUCCUGCCGUGGCUGCCGCAGCUCCUGAGCGGGCUGGACCGACCGGAAGCUCCGGAAAUGGACACGAUUCUCUACAUGUUGAUGCUCCACCUGCCGCAAGCGGUGUACUUUGAUAUUCGAACGGCGUACAUGGAACGUCGCGAAUAUCAUGCGCAGCAUUCCUCGGCUGGUUCGUCCCCGUCGACUCCGCUCAUCUAUCUCUCUCGCCUCAUGUCCCUCUUCCGGACUUCGUUCACGCCUCAGUGCGUGGCCCUGGAGCACCUGGCGGAGGAGUUCGUCACGCAGGCAAAGCCGUCGUCGGUGGACGAGAUUCUCUGCGCAGUUCGCACGCUGCUGCAGCAGUGCCUUGAGAUUAGCCACUCUCACACACGGCUUCCUCCCGUCGCCGCCCACUUCCUGAAGGUCAACAUCUUGGCCCGGUACCGCGCGAGAUAUGGCCCGGGGGCUGCCAGCGCGUCGACCUCCGAUUCGCGACCCUCCAGUGGAGCCAGUCGCUCUUCCAGGCAACCAAGCAUCAGCCGAGGCGAAGAAGCCUCGCGUCGCUUGAUGGAGUCUCUCUGGCCGCACUUCGAGCGGGACUUUUCUUUCAAGACGCCCGCGUCAUCUUCAUCUUCAUCUGACCCGCCGAUCGAUUUGUCUGAGGUCAUUGUGAAGCUGAAGAAGUGGAAAGACCUGUUGGGCCGCCGCACCCAGCUGCUGCAGGAAGGCUCAGCGCUGCCGCUCGAGGAGAUUUCGUAUUCUCUCUGCGACCUUUUCCUUCGAGUUAAUGUCCGCCUGGAGGUACCCGGUCAGCUCUGGAAGGCCAUCAGCGACCCGUCUACGGGGGCGUUCGACUCUGGGACCUCAGGCGCAAGUGGAGCGCUCGGCAGCCCUCACCCGAGCAUGCUCCAUUCUUCCAAGCCUUCGGCGCUGGCCGCUGCCCUUAGCGCGGCGGCGGCUGGAGCAGACAGAGGGGGUGCGGGUGAGAAGGGAAGAGGGACAGGGUCGUCGUCGCUUCUUGCCGGCGGUGACGAAGACUUUGGAAGGAAGACGGGCGACGGGAAGAGAGGAGCAGGCGGGACACAGUCGGCGACGUAUUCGGCUUUCUCCGCUUCCCACGCUGUCAUGUCGCAAGCAGUGUACAUUGAAGGCUUUGCCAGCGAAGCGUCAACGUCGACUCGAUCCCACUACACCCUCAAGAGACUCGGAUUCAUCGGCAGCAACGGGAACACUUACUACUUCGUUGUCCAGCCCUAUAGCACGCAGCACCAGCGGACAGAGCAGAGGCUGCUGCAACUCCUCUCUCUCAUCAACCAACUCUUGUUCAAGUUCAAGGAUACUCGAGGCCGCGGGCUGGCCUUCACGCUUCAUUCUCAGAUCCCUGUACAUCCCCGGUGUCGGUUGAUGGAAGAUCCUCCCAGCUCGCUGACAUUGCAGGAAAUCCUGCAGGAAGUGUCCGCGACUGAGUCGCAUACAUGUCUAGUCGACCCUGACCUUCCUGUUCUAUUGCAUCGUCAGCUUAUUCGCCUUCACCUACAUCGUCUUCUUUUUGAGAAAGCAUGUGAGCUGAAGCGGAGAGGCGUCACCACCAUUCCGAAGGGGCUGCGACAGUAUCUUAGUGAGGAGCCAGAAGGCGACGGCGAACGACAAGGAGACGCCGAGGGGGAGAAGGUCGACGGCAGAGAAGCCAAGAGUAGCUCAGCGGAGCCAGAAGGAGCGGUGAAGGCCUCAGCAGAAGCCACAGAGGAGACACCGCAAGUGAAAGAACAGGACGAGUCAGGAGGCAAAUGGCCGCAGGAGUCCGGAGGCAGCAAUCCAGGAAGUGAUGCCCAUGCGUCGCCUGAAACAGCGCGGGAGGAAAAACUGAGUGACAGCAACGAGGCGAAACUGGGGGAGACCGAGCAGAAACGCGAGGGGAAGAAGGAACAGGGCCCAGAAGAUGAACGGGUCACUGCGUGGUAUAACGAUGUGUACCGGUCCUGCCAGAUCCAGGCCUCGCAGGAAACGUUCGACGAUUUAUGCCACCUCGUCUCCUCUGAUGUUCUUCGCCUCUACGUGGCCAGUCUCGUUCCCAACAACGACGAGUUCUUUAUCUUCAAAAAGUGCUUCACCCAGAGCGUUGGGCUGUUUGGCGUGCUCAACUAUGUAUUGUCCAUGGCGGACAUCAAUCCGAGCAAGAUCCUGCUCUCGCUGGAGACUGGGCUUGUCUCCCAGCUUGAGUUGAAGUCGUGCUAUAACGGAUCAACGCUCUCUCUGGAUUUCGUCGAACGAGUGCCCUUCCGGUUGACAAGGAAUAUCGAGAGUUUAAUCGGACCCUUUGGUCGUCUCGGCGUUCUUCCAAGUGUAAUUUUCUCGUUCAUUCGGUGUCUGCGCUACUAUAAUGACCACCUGUCGAGUGCCCUGGCGCUCUUCAUCCGCGAUGAUAUUACGGCCAUCCACUUCCAACGAAGACUCCAGCAGAACCAGGGAAGAACUCUGCCGGGCCAUCAGAACCUGCAGACGCGUGCACUGAAGGAGCUCUCCGAGUCAAACGCCAGAAAGAUCCUGGAUGCCAUUGAACGCAUUGAGAGUGCUCCUGCAGCGGCCGCGGAGAAAGCGACGGGCGCUCUAGCACCUGGCGAAGGAGGAGCGGAUAGGGAGGACCCGCCUGUCAAUCAUCACGUCAUGAUCUUGCUGAGCAUUGCAACGAAAAAAGAGUUCUUGGCUAUGAUGAAGCCAACGUGGCAGGCUUGGUUCUGA